AAUUGACAUUAGUUCUAAAGUUGACUGCGUAUGGAAUUUGUUAAUUUGUUUUUCUUUGUUUGUUUUCUUCGCGCUGUCUUUUAAAUAAAUAAUUAAAUAUAUAAAAUUAUUUUAAUGACUAGGUAGUUAAAACGGUUUGAUGAAAUGACUGCUACGGCAUCAGCAACUACUGCAACUAUUGACGAAGAUUUAGAUGAAUGUGGACCACAGCUGAUCAGUAAAUUAGAAGGAAAUGGAAUUACACCAGGCGACAUUAAAAAAUUGGAAGAAGCUGGAUACCAUACUGUGGAAUCGGUAGCAUAUGCUCCAAAGAAAUGGCUGAUAACAAUAAAAGGAAUCUCAGAAGCGAAAGCUGACAAAAUACUAUCAGAAGCUUCGAAAUUGGUACCAAUGGGAUUCACCACAGCAACAGAAUUUCAUCAAAAACGAGCUGAAAUUAUACAGCUAACAACAGGGUCAAAGGAACUGGACAGACUGCUAGGCGGUGGUAUAGAAACUGGUUCGAUCACAGAAAUAUUUGGAGAAUUUCGAACAGGAAAAACACAGUUAUGUCACACACUCGCUGUGACAUGUCAGUUACCAAUAGAACAAUCAGGAGGUGAAGGUAAAUGUAUGUACAUAGAUACGGAAGGCACAUUCCGUCCUGAGCGUUUACUAGCAGUGGCUCAGAGAUAUGGCAUGGAGGGGGCAGCUGUAUUAGAUAAUGUGGCCUAUGCUAGGGCUUACAACACAGAUCAUCAAACACAAUUGUUAGUACAGGCUUGUGCUAUGAUGGCAGAAUCUCGAUAUUCAUUGCUAAUAGUUGAUAGUGCAACAGCAUUGUACAGAACAGACUAUUCAGGCAGAGGAGAGCUUAACUCAAGACAACUACAUCUUGGGAGAUUCAUGAGAAUGCUCUUGCGCCUUGCGGAUGAGUUUGGAGUAGCAGUAAUAAUAACCAACCAGGUGGUCGCCCAAGUAGAUGCAGUAGGAGUAUUCAAUGCUGAUACUAAAAAGCCUAUUGGAGGACACAUUAUAGCCCAUGCUUCAACCACAAGGCUAUAUUUACGUAAAGGCCGAGGCGAUAACAGAGUUUGUAAGAUAUAUGAUAGCCCUUGCUUACCGGAAACUGAGGCUAUGUUUGCGAUAAGUACUGAGGGCAUUACAGACGCUAAGGAAUAGUGUUAAAAACGUAUAUAAUUUUAGUAAUAGAGUAUUAUAGUAUUUUUUCUAUAGAUUUGAGAUUGCAUAAAUAUUUUUAUAAUAAGUAUCCGUAGUCCUACUAAAUUUUUAGGUGGUCAGCUUAAAAUAAUUAAAACAUCUUGAAAAUAAAGCUUAAUAGAUCAAA